CAGGCAAGCCAAGCUUGUCGGUUAGUGUUGCACAGCCCUUUGUGGGGUCGGCAAACGACCGCACUGGAAAAUCGCUAACGGUCCCUGCCAAGCCCGCAAGCUGCGGGCAACUACAACUGCACCCUUUCAAAGCAAUUGUAAAUGGCCUCAAGCGUAAAAGCGACAGACACUAAUGAAAGGGUGGCGAAGUGAGGUCAUGUGCACCGUUUGCCAGAAAGCCUUGAAUUUACGUGAGAUGGCAGGCUUAUGGUUUUUCUUUUUUUUUGCUCCAAUUUUGAUUUGUAUUUGCAAAUCCUGCUGCCUAAUGGGGGUUUUUUCCCUCCUUUUUCUCCCGAAUCAUUAUUCAAUCGAGACUUGGGUUAAAUGCCUCAUGAAUGCUUCGUUUCAUAGGCUAUGAAUGAAUUUGGAUCGCCGAGAUUAUCUUAACUUCGUUCCAAGACAACCAUCACCUUUCGACCAAGACGCCUGCGUAUUAACUUACUUUACUAACCUAAGAUAAACCACGCAUAUCGUUUAUAAUUUGCUCUUGAAUUAAUACAUCAGAGGUCAACCAUGGGAAGUGCAAAUGAAGCAGACGCAUUGGGCAAACCGCUCCCGCCUCUACCCGGGCAGUCAUCAAUGCUCGACGUCGGAGAGAGCUCAAGAGACGCACCAUCGCAACCACCACAGUACGAAGAAGUAAGCAGUCCAGCAUCAAGAGCAGCAGCAGCAGCGUUCACAUCCCAAGAACCACUACCGCCGGCACUUCCACCUCCAGCAACCAAUGUCUCCUCCAUGAUGGACCCACCACCAUACGCCGAGGAUGCCGAGCUGGUGCAGGACAUCCUCAUCCCAGCCGGCACGCUCCGGCUGGCCGACAGGUCCAUCUUUGCAGCCGAGGCCGCCCCCGACGCGGCGCCGCUGUAUGAGCUCGACCAGACCAUCGGGUAUUCGCGCACCGCCUUUGGGACCAUCACCCUCUCGCGGCUCGAGCACCGCAUCAAGCGCGGCUCCGAGGUCGCCACCCGAGUCAGGGGCAUCUCGGAGCUGGUGCAGACGCCGCCCGUGACCGGUCCGACUUUCCCCUUCCACGCCCGCGCCACCAUCGCCAAGGCCCACACCCUGGGAUCCUUGGGUCUGGUGCCGUGCGUGGGCGGCUACCGCGUCCACCGCGCCGAGGGCAAGAGCAUGGCGCAGAGGGAGCAGCUGUUCCGGGCCACGAGGGCGACCAAGAAGCACGGCGAGACGAUUGGCAGCUAUGAUUGGUUUGCCGUUGGCGACAUGGCCGGCACCAUUGUUGUUCCUGCAGAUGGCGGCCAGGGCCCGAGCAGCAGCCGGCCAGGCCACAGGCGGAGUUUUAGCAAGAGUUUCGACGGCGGCAUGUUGAUCGCGAAGGAGAACACUGAGCACGCGGCGGGCACGCACACGCUCGAAGUCAUCGUCUCGCUGGACCAGCGGACGCGGGAUGCACUCGUCGCCUCAUGGUGUCUGCGGCUGUGGGAAGACAUUGCCGCACGUAACAAAGUGAGUCCGGGAGUUUGGGAGAUUAUCACCAACUGCAGAACCUUCAUGAACACAUAAAAGACGACAAUUUAGAGAGCCAUAUUACGACGCGAAAUCCAAGACAACGAGCACGCUCAAGACACUAGCACGAAACUUUCAUUUCUAAGGUCUCUCCAGGAAGACGAAUCUGCAGAGACCUGUCAUGUAUAGCUGGUGCCGGCAGUAUAAGUGCAUCAGAGAAUUUUUGACCGUCUGAUAUUGGCAGUCAGGCCAAGCAUUUCUGGUUUGUGUUCCAGACUCAUACUGGCCAAGAUGUGUGGGAGCAGGAAGGUUACACAGCUGUGCCGUUCAAGUGCCGGUGCCUCUGGCUCUGACACAUACCACUUGAGAUUAAUCCACUCAAAUUAAUAUUCCGCCAAUUAUCUGGUUGCCCGCAAUGUAAGCACUGAUAGUUCGUUUUGCAUUUCGAAUUUGCAUGGCGUCAGUGAGGAGGAGAUGGUUCCUUUAGUAGCCCUGUUAGUACAUGACCUGCGGGUUCUCUAGGUACUUACCUUACCUACCUUGUCUACUCAACCGAGUCAAUUCAAACCCUCGGUCUUUAAACGUUUAAUUCACACAUACAAUCAACCUAGAUUUGCCUAGCUCAGGCCAUGCCAG